ACACUGUAUUAUCUUCAACUUUAAAGACGCUGACUGACAAGUGUACUUAUUAAACCUCAGGGCAUCGCUGGACGAUGUGAUAAUAAUGAGGUUUAAAUUAUUCCUGUCCCGUCUAUAUCUCGACGCAUUCACUUUUACUAGGUUUGCUCUAUAAUAACCUGUGCCAGCUUCUAGCGGAUCACAAGGUGCAUUCAGUUUUUUCCCAACAUCUGGAUUAUUGAAAACUUUCAAAUAUACGCAGGUUGUCUUUCUGAGGAACUGGCAGUUCGAUCUAAGAUCUUACGCAGGAAAAACUGCAAGUAAAAAUAUCUCCAGAGAUAUCUUUAUCUGGUGUCGACUUAAACCUACAGCUUGGAAAGCAUUAACACCCACUAGAGAUCCCUGAGCAGGUUCAGCCAGAGCAGAUUACUCUGCAGAGAAAAAUAAGGGAAACGGCAAAUCGCUCGCCUCUUUCAUCAAAUUCAGGAUGAGUGGAAGAAGAACUCACCUACGGAACGGAGCCACGACUCCGGAGUUCAAUCUGGCUCUGGUCGGGGCCUUGAGUGUGGGCAAAUCAGCUCUGACGGUAAAGUACAUAACAAGACGAUUCAUCAUGGAGUACGAUCCUGAUUUAGAGGGAACCUACACCAAACACGAGGACUGGGACAACCAAGACUUGAUUGUGCACGUCAUGGAUACAUGUGAUAAGGCAGGUAAACAAGACGGAGGGAGCGGCGCUGGCGACAGAGUACGAGGCGGUUUUCUACGAGACGACUGCUGCUGAGGAGUAUGAGCUGGUCGAGAGGGUUUUCCAUCGUGUCAUACAGGAAGCGUACCAGGACAAAUACGGCCACAUACCCCACCCCCUGUUUAUCGCCGACGACCGACCACCGACCUACAGCCAACAACAACAACAACAGGCACAGCAUCAGCAGCAGAGGCGGCCCAAGUCUCCCAAAGGACCCACUGAAAAGAAAGACGAGAAGGUUCAGCAAAAGAAGACUUUGAAUAAAUUCUUCAAAAUCUUUAAUUGACUGCAAAUUCCAGUGAAAGUUUUAGAGGUUCUCUUGUGAAUAAGACUAAAGAAACCCCUCAUUUGAGGUGUUGGCUCUAGGGGGGGG